ACGCACCUCUUGACGUAGCUACAGACCGGUUGCGGUGCCACUCUGUCUCCGUAGCACGUAUUGCGCAACGUGACCGCUGCUCAACUGGCACCACGGCGGGCACAUCCGGCUCCCACCGUCGCCUGAAAUCGCCAAAAAAGUGGUGUGGUGACGCCGAGACAACCGAAAGCAUCGCCGGGGAGCUGUGGAUAAACCAUCCGGCUGCUCCUGACCGGUCUGGACCCUCCCCUCCCCUUGCCUUUCUUUCUUUUUUUUUCUCUUUUUUUUUUGCCACCGGGAGAGAUGAGUCGAGCGCGCGGCAUCGGGGUGCAGUCGGGAUGUGACUAUGUGAGCGGGAGAGCCUCCACUGUAUACAGCAGCAGCUGGACUACUUUAAAGCGCAGAAGGUGAAAAGUGACAAAUCUGUCAGUGUUUUUAUUAUUAUUAUCAUUAUAAUUACUAUUAUCAUUAUAAUUAUUAUUAUUAUUAAGCAGAGGAGGUGCUUUCGUUUGACAGCUCGCAGUCACCGCAGCAGUAAGCAGCAGCAGCAGCCGUGGAGAGAGCUAUGUUCGUGGGUACCGAGCCGCAAUCCACUUGUAGUCGAAAGAACCUGCGUGUCCCCGCGGGUCUUUGCUAAAGUCUACGGAAUCGGUGGAGCUCACCUACCUGCAGUGGAGGAGAGUUUUUUUUUUUUUCCAAGGCCAGGCUUUCUGCAGCCCCACUCCCCGCGCCUGCCUGCUUCUCCACGUCCUCCGUGGCGGUUGUGUCUCCGCGAGCGCUCCGCAUUUUUUUGGGACUGCGUGACGCUUCCCAUUAAACCGACCGUUACCUGACUCUGUUCUCCUGCUGCGCCCAUACAUACCUUUACAGCGAACAGUUGGCGGAGGGAGGGGUGGGGGAGUCGGGGUUCUAAAUCAAUCUUACGUGUGGAUCGGAGCGGUGCCCGUGUCUAUGCACCUCAGCCACACCGCCCCGGAAAGGACUUCUCGCUUUUGAGAGCUGGAUAUGCAGAGAUUAACGUGAAAAGGAUGGAUCUAACUAUCUGUGUUUUGGGGCUGUUGGCGCUCAUCGUGGACGGCAUCCGUUGUCAAGGAGUGUAUGCACCUCCUACGGUCCGCAUUAUACACUCGGGGCACGCCUGUAAUGUUGAAGAGGAGAGGCACACCGAGAGAGUCUACACCAUACGAGAAGGGGAGACCCUGGAGCUCACCUGUCUGGUGACAGGUCAUCCUCGACCGCAGAUACGGUGGACAAAGACAGCUGGUAGUGUGUCAGAUCGUUUCCAGGACUCCAGCGUCUUCAACGAAACGUUGCACAUCGCAAAGAUCCAGAGGACCCAGGGAGGCCGCUACUACUGCAAGGCCGAGAACGGCCUUGGCUCUCCUGCCAUCAAGUCCAUUAGGGUGGACGUCUACUACCUUGAUGACCCGGUGGUGACAGUGCACCAGAGUAUAGGAGAAGCUAAGGAACAGUUCUACUAUGAGAGGACUGUAUUCCUGCGCUGUGUGGCUAACUCCAACCCACCCGUCCGCUACAGCUGGCAUCGUGGGAGAGAGGUCCUGACGCAAGGCUCAGACAAGGGUGUGGAGAUCUAUGAGCCAUUUUUCACACAGCUGCAGGGGGAAACGAAGAUUCUGAAGCUGAAGAAUCUGCGUCCCCAAGACUACGCUAACUACAGCUGCAUCGCCUCUGUCAGAAACGUGUGUGGCAUUCCUGACCGCAGUGUUAUCUUCAGACUUACCAACAAGACAGCAUCCCCGUCCAUCAAACUGCUGGUAGAGGAUCCUAUUGUUGUGAAUCCAGGACAGACAGUAUCCUUGGUUUGCAUCACUACUGGAGGUGAGCCACCUCCCAUUCUCACCUGGGUCAGCAGUAAUGACAGCCUGCCACAAAGAAGUGUGGUGAAGGGCGGCACACUUACGCUUCCGGCCAUCACCUCAGAUGAGGCGGGGGUCUACAGCUGCGUGGCCAGCAACAAUGUGGGAAACCCUGCUAAGAAGUCCACUACCAUUGUAGUGCGAGCUUUGAAAAAGGGACGAUUCUGGAUCACUCCAGAUCCCUACCACAACGAUGACCACAUCCAGAUCGGACGGGAAGUAAAGAUAUCCUGUCAGGUGGAGGCGACACCUCCAGAGGAGCUGACAUUUAGCUGGCUGAAGAAUGGCCGUGCCCUGCGGAGCUCGGAGCGUAUGGUCAUCACCCAGACAGAUCCUGACAUCUCACCUGGAACCACCAACCUGGACAUCAUAGACCUGAAAUUCACUGAUUUCGGCACGUACACCUGCGUGGCCGCUCUGAAGGGAGGAGGCAUCCCGGAGAUCAGCAUCGAUGUCAACAUCUCAUCCACAACUGUCCCUCCUUUGUUUUUCUCUUUCUUAGUUCCCCCCAACCUGACAGUCCCACGGGGCAAGUCUCCCCUGGUGGCCCGCGAGGGUGACACAGUGGAGCUGGAGUGCCUUGUUUCAGGGAAGCCCAAGCCGAUCAUCCUGUGGUCGCGAGCGGAUAAGGAAGCGCCCAUGCCAGACGGCAGCAUGCAGAUGGAGAGCUACGACGGCGUGCUGCGUAUUGUUAAUGUGUCCAGGGAGAUGACGGGCUCGUACCGCUGCCAGACCAGCCAGUAUAACGGGUUCAACGUGAAGCCCCGGGAGGCCAUAGUGGAGUUGAUUGUACAAUACCCUCCAACAGUGGAGCCUGUUUUCAUGGAGAUGCGUCAGGGUCUCGGAAGGCCCGUAGUGAUGACCUGCAGAGUGCUGCGAGCCCAUCCCUCCCGUGUGUUGCGCUUCGAGUGGCUUCUCUCUAACCGGCUGCUCCACGCGGGAGCUUUUGACGCCCAGCGAGAUGAGACAGAGUACACCAUCCGCAGCCUAAAUCGUGAUGGCUGGGGCGAGUACACCUGUAAUGUCAUCAAUGAGGCUGGAGCAGGCAAAUGCACUUUCCAGGUUACAGGGAAAGCCUACCCCCCUGAGUUCUACUAUGAUACCUACAACCCUCUGUGGCAGAACAGGCCGAGGGUCUAUGGCUUCAAGCUACAGUGGACCCAGAUGAACCCAAAUGCUGUGGACCGUAUUGUUGCCUACAGACUAGGCAUCAGACAGAUGGGGCUCCAGCGCUGGUGGGAGCAGGAGAUCCCAGUGGAUGGAACGAUCAACAAAGGAGAGCUCAUGACGCAUAACCUGACUGAGCUGAUAAAGCCCGAGUCUUACGAGGUGCGCCUCACGCCCAUCACGCGUUUCGGCGAGGGGGACUCCGCCAUCCGUAUCGUCACCUACAGUGCUCCCAUCAACCCUCACCUGAGAGAGUUCCACUGCAGCUUUGAGGAGGAGCCCAUCUGCAUGUUCACCCAGGACAAGAAUGAUGAUUUUGACUGGACGCGACACAGUGCAGCCACACGCGACACCAAGUACACGCCCAACACUGGCCCUAGUGGUGAUCACAGUGGCUCCAAGCAAGGUUUCUACAUGUACAUCGAGACGUCAAGACCGCGCAAGGAAGGAGACCAAGCACGGCUUAUAAGUCCAUUUUUCAAUGUAGCACCUAAAAACCCUUACGGUAUCACCAAUCCACCUGCCUACUGCUUUGGCUUCUUCUACCACAUGUAUGGGAAACACAUAGGAACGCUAAAUGCAUUCCUAAAGCAAAAGGGUCAAACGGCUUCAGAAGGCCUCGUGUGGUCGCUAAGUGGCAAUCAAGGUGACCGCUGGAAGCAGGCCAAAGUAAGCAUCCACCCAACAGCGUCUUUCCAGGUCGUACUUCAAGGGAUUCGGGGACCAGGCAUUGAAGGAGACAUUGCUAUUGAUGAUAUCACGCUGGAGGAAGGGGAGUGUCGAGACCCGCCGCCCAAUCUCAGCGCCAAGGCUCUGUCCACAUCCUGCCAUAUAUGGCUGCUAUGUGUCACCUUGGUGCUGACCCUGCUGGAAGGUCAAAGGUGACCCAUUUCCCCAUCAUCUCAGAGGCGAAUAUUCAGAGCCGCCGUCUGUGAGCUGUACCCUCAACAUCCAAUCACCAAAGAUUCAUGCAUCCUGAAAGCAGCGGGGUCCCCCCAUGGACUGCAGACCACAGAAAGGCCGCAGUUAUUAAAUGAGCGAGAGAGAAAAAAAUAAGUGAUUAAAAAGUUACACAAAAAGUAAAUAAAGAAGAUGCGCUACAUUUUUUUUUUAAAGAGACCUCUUUUACAGAAAAACACCCGCUGGCGCAGAACUCCGGACGUCUUUACGAGCACAAAGGCAGGUCGGCGACGAAUGAGCCCGGACCGGCGGAGGAGAUCACAAGCAUCGUGGGAGGGCAGUUUGUAAAGCACAAGAACCAUUUCAUGAGGCGCCGGAAAGCUUCCUUCGACGACGGAAGGAAAUACAGACACUGCUGACUUUUUGAAUAUGAAGUAACAUUUCCCUGCUUAUCAAUACAUUCAAUCAGACCUUUCUCUGUGUAUCUUUAUCUCCAUUUUCUUGCACCAGAUGCCAAUCCCCGACACUUGUUUUUCACUUUAGCCCAGCCUCGUGUCAUUCUUUGGCAUUUCUUUAUCUGCUCGGUGCUGCACUGUAGAAAAACAAGGACUCCGACAACAUUUAGUUCUGUCUGCUUACUCCCCUGUAGCUGCCUACGUAUCUUUUAACACUGUGCUCACGAGUCCAAGUGGCCAACUGACGGUAUGGUGGCAGAACAAUAAGAGCAGAAGGCUCAGCAGAGGUGUAGACAGGCGGACCGGAAGGCAGAGAGAUGUUCGAGCUUAAAAACGAGGAGGAGACAAAGCAGAGGAGGGAGAGGAAAAACAGGCAGAGAGUAGAGGAAGGUCCGAUUAGCGAGGCCCCACUCGAAUAUUCAGUCAGCGGUCUGCCUGUGGAACAGAAGCCACUUUACUUUCUGCCAUGAAACAAAGUGCCUUCAGAUUACAAACCGAAUCGUGAGCCUGGGUGUUAAUCGACAUCAAACAAGUCUCUGUUCAUGUUUCCUCUGAUGGGCUAUUUUCUACAUGUUUCUUUUGCCCCACAAGUGCUGACGGGAGGGCAAGGCGCGUUCAAGAUCGAGAGAGGGGGUUGUGCUGCGUCCGGAUUUUACUCCCGACGGAGCAGUCGCCCGCGAGUAUCAGCGCGCGUUUUUGUGUGUGCAUGCACCUAAGCCUAUGCCUAUGCACAGUUUCAUGUGAGGGCAGCCAACCAGGCAGUGCUGGCAGACCCUGAGCACAGGUUUGGAAACCAUUUGGAUUAUGAAAAAGAAAAAAGUGGCAACGGUCAAAGU